GGUCAAGUUUUUAAGUCGUUUGUGUUUUGGGUUUUACCUAAUACAUUGGCGCUGUUUAGUGUAUUGGGAGCGUUCCGGACAGACAGACAGACGGACAGAUAUGUCUUGGCUAUUCUUAUAUGGGAUGGAAUGGAAAAAGACAUUAAAAAGGCCACCAUAUGGAUGGCCUAUAUUUAAAAAGUACUGAGAAAAAUGUAAUUUUAAAAAUAUGGAAUGUUUUAGUUUUCUACUAUUUAGUCCUAGAUAGUUAAGCAUAUUAUUAUGUCUAAAUACAUGAUCUUAUAGAGUAAACGUUUCUCGUUCAAAUGAGCCAUAGACGAAUCAUAGAAGUUGGAUAGUUUUUCACAAAAUCGGAAAAUACGAAAAUUUGCAAAAAUUCACGGGUUUUUGGUAACAAGAGUGAGCCUCAACAGAGUGUUUGGCCUCUACUUUUUUUAAAAAAGUACUUUCAGAUACAGUUAUUGCAGAUUUAGUGGUUAUUUUGUAUGCACUUUCGAAUGAGACAUAAAUAGAAAUAAAAUAAAAUUUUUACCCUGACACCUUGGUCGCUGCUGUGGCGAAGUUUCUCUUAAGCGCUUUGUUGGGAAGAAGGAAGAACAUGUUAUGAAAUUCAUCGCGAGGUAUUCGUCAAUUCGUACUGAGAGUGGUACUGAAACCGAUAUUUUUGUCGGAAGACUAAUAGUUAUUCUACUAGGUAUCGGCAUCAGCUAUGAAGUCAGAAAAGACAUGCCCUUACGUAACUCAAUGCGCUUUUUAAAACCAGACUGAUUUAACUAAAGUGAGUCAAUUUGCUCUAAUAUUGGGAUACUUUAGGGGUAUCAUUGGCGGUAUUAAUUGGAAUCCUACUGUUAAUCAACAAACUAGUCAGUCUAUAUCUAGUACAACCCGUACAACCCGUACAACUACUCCGAAGCCCGCUGUUACCCUUGAUCCAUGUAUCUUAUCUGAAAAUAACGUACUAUAUGGAUAUACUUACCAGUACACUGAAAGUCAUGAUUACACGGUUCUUCUCCUUUCGGCUCCAAUUAUCCAAACAUCUGUUACAUCAUCAACGACAACCGUCACUACGACGUCGUCCAUAACAACUAUAAAAACUUCCUCAACGUCGGCGUCCGAUUCAGCAACAACAACAGCCGUCGGUACUACAUCAGAAUCAACAACUUCCUCAACCUCGGCGUCUGAUUCAGCAACAACAACAGUCGUCGGUUCCACAUCAGAAUCAACAGCAAUACAGGUGACAAUCAUAAGUGCGAAUGCAGUCAUACCGUCUAGGUUGGGUUUACCGCACACCUAUGAUGGCCCUGUACAGUACACCUAUGAUGGCCCUGAUAUACCGUCCGUGUACGAUCAGGACACACAAACAGUAUGGUACGCCGAUAGUGUUUCGCCGAACAAUUUGUUAUUAGCGUUUGAUCAAGUUUACACAAUAUUAUCGUUCUCGUUUACAAUUUACGGUGAUGUUACUCACGAUCCAACGGACAUAGAUGUUUUUACGAAUAGUCUUAAACGGAUAGAUUUCGUUGAUUCGUUCGAAGUCUCAAAUCCCUGCGGUGAUCCUCCUUGUUAUACUACUUUACCAUCUUUUGAGUUUAGUAAUCCUCCGACCACGAAGCAGUUAAUACUCAAAUUUUAUACUCCUUAUGAUCCAGUUAUAGUUCCUGAAGUCGCAUUCACAGGCAUUCCGAUUAUGUAG